GGGGUGAUGUAAAAGGGGCGGGAGGGAGUGCCCCAAUACCGCCCAGCAUGAAAGCUCUGUGCCGAAAGGAUGUGCGAACAGGCAGCGCGCUACUGCAGGGACGGCGUCCACAAGCUGAUCCACAAAGAACAGCCCAAACUUCAGGGUCGGGACACCGGAGAGCUCCCCAGACCAGGAGCCCAGGACGGUCAGACGGCAGCGGCUGCGCAGUCCGGCGGGAUAGACGGGCUCGUCCGCUGGAUAGUCACCAAGAUGAGCGACAAUAAGAGCGUCUCCUCCCGGGAGUGGGUGAAAGAAGAGGUAGCACAGGAGCAGUUCUUCACCCAAGAGCCCCGGAAAGGGAUCUCCGUGAUCUUGGAUAUUUUUAGAAGAGCUGAUAAAGACGACGAUGGGAAACUCUCUCUCGAUGAGUUCCAGGCAUUUUUCUCAGAUGGUUCACUCAAUGAGGAGGAGCUGGAGAAGUUGUUCCACACCAUGGAUUCGGAUCAUACCAGUAAUGUCGACACCCAGGAGCUUUGUGACUACUUCGCCAGACACAUGGGGGAGUAUGAGGGUGUGCUGGCCUCUUUGGAAACCCUCAAUCUCUCCAUCCUCAAAGCCAUGGACUUCACCAAGAAGGUGUAUGAGCAGGGCACCAACAUGGAGCAGUUUGUGACUCGCUUCCUGUUGAAGGAGUCAGCCAAUCAGAUCCAGUCCCUGCUGAACUCAGUGGAGAGUGCUGUGGAUGCCAUUGAUGAACAACACGGCCAGUCAGAGCCAAGCCUGGCAGGAGCACGUGCCCCAAGCUCCCACUUAGUGCCAGAUUGCCCCCAGAAUGACAGAGUCAACACUAAGGACACCUUGAGGACUAUUGGCCCCUAUUCAGGGUCUGCUGAGGUGAAGAAGGAGAGUCUGGAAGCGCAGGUCAACCGCCUGGCAGAGCUGAUUGGACGGCUGGAGAGCAAGACGGUGUGGUUUGACCUGCAGCAAAGGCUGUCAGACACCGACUGCACACCCAGCGCAUCCCUUCACCUGGUCCGUCAGGAGAUGGUUGUCUCUCAGCAGCAACUAUCAAACUUCUGUGAAGCUCUGAAGCAAUACUUGAAGAUCCUGUCUGCAGAGAAAGACUGCUUCCAUGUCACGGCUGUGAGGCUGCCAGACGGCUUGUCCUUUGUUGUGUACGAGUUCUGGGAAGGAGCAGAAGAAUGGAAAAGACACCUCCAGAGCAGUACCUGCAAGGCCUUCCAGCACAUGAAGGUGGACACGCUGUGCCAGCCAGAGGCCGUGAGCACUGUCGCCGUGCCAGCCGCCUGGUGCUCCUUCAGCAGGGACUGACGUGGCUGAGCUGCCCUGCCCACAACCCGCUGUAGUUGGUACCCCCUUUUUUAUCCUUUAUUUAUUUAUUCUCCCGUCUCCUGUCAUGACUUGGCAUUCAAACACCGCUCGACACCCUGCUGCGGCAGACUGAAGGAAAACGGCAUCCACCAUCCCUCCCUUGUGCUGCUCCAUGCCCAAACAGGCAGACCAGAAGCUUCUGCCAAGCCCAGCCCUCUCACCAUGCUAACGCAACCCACUCUAUUAUCAUAGCGUGCAUUAAUAAGUCAUUUCAGAGCACAUUUUGAAAUCUAUUAAAGACAGUAAUUUGCCAUAUCUGCCCCCAAGUAGCAUAGUUUGUUCAGGAUGUCUUGGAACACUGCCUGAGCGCUAAUGGUCAGACCUCAGCACUGCCCCCUAGUGGCAGCACAUUAUAGAGGGACUCAUUCAGUCUUUAGGUCAACAUCUAGGGGUUGCAUGUUCCUCUGCCCAGGUUCUCAAAUGAAACUGAGCAGCACCUAGUUUUUCAAAUUGUUUCCUCCACAUUCUGCUUUUACGCAAGAAAGUAUUUCAGAUUCACAGAAUUCGACAAAGGAAAAAAGAUCUUAAGAAAGAUUUAUUUAAAAUCCAGCCCUGGGGCCUGGAACCAACAGCUGUUUACACCUGCAGUCAUGCAGCAGGGAGCAUGACAGCCAGCUCAAUAAUACCUCCACAGUCAGGGCCUUGCAUGCCGUAUGAAACCGUUUAGGCUACGCUGAGGGAGUUUCCUAGGAUCUGCUCUAGGUAACAGGGAGCAGAAAACAACACAUUGGACUUUGGACGCAAGUUUUUAUUGCGUGCAAACUGAUGUGCACCAACAUGGCUGCUGUAUACAUCGGUGCAGCCUUUGCUUACCAAGCUCUGCAUGAUCAUAAGAACCUUAACUCACUCGUAGUGGA